GCUUGGUCCGGUUGCCCUCACUGUACCGCUGAGAGCGGUCAGGCCUGCUGCGGGGUCAGCAGCAGCCGGAGAAGGAGGAGGAGGGAGAGCAGUGGGAGGAGGAGGAGGAGGAGGAGAAGGAAGAAGAAACUGACACUACAUCUCCCCCAGCAGAAGGGAGCUGGAGCUGUCAGAGCAAAGAAAUAAUCUAACCUGAAUUCCUACAGACAACCAGGACUCCCAACUUGGAAAAGCUGCCACUGGGAUUUUUCUGAAGUGCUCAGUGUCAGCUAAGCCAUUCCUCUCUGCUGUGUCACCUGUGUGUGAAUCGUGCUCCUGAAAACAAAAACAGAGAGAGGGAAAAUUUCCAGAACUAAGUAGGAAGAAGGUGUGGCCUCACCUUUGGAGGAAGUGAUUAACAAGGAGUAGGGUGUGAGGUGUGCAUGGUAACAGGUGAGAUAAAACAGGUCUAUUGGAGGCUAGAAAGAAAAGGGAGGAGCUGUGUGGAUCUCUGCUGGUGUACACGAGAGUGCCACUGACCCAGGACAUCAGGAAGGGUACUUGUUGGUCUUACUGUGUUUGUUCUUGCAACUGUGUCUGCCUGAGGCACCUGAAGACUCCGCCCCCUGAACUCCCCCGUGUUCAGCCUGAGCAAGCUGGCUCUGUGCCUAAGUUAAGGGUUUUACUUCAGUGAUCCCAUGGGCCGCACUCGAGAAGCUGGCUGCGUGGCAGCCGGCAUGGUCAUUGGGGCUGGUGCUUGCUACUGUGUGUACAGGCUGACAUGGAAAAAAGAUGAGGAUGAGAAAAUCUGGGGUGAUGAUGAUGAUGAUGAUGAUGAUGAGGAGGAGGAGGAGGAGGAGGAGGAGGAGGACUACAAUGAGAAUGAUGAGUACAACGAGGACAAUGACACAUCUAGUGACACAACCAAAAUGGAGACUGAGAAGGGAGCUAAAACUAAUGUUGGGGUAGAGGGCAGAACCAAACCUCAGGAUGACUUAAAGGCCAAGGCCCAGGUGAGCUCAGGACUCAAAAGCAGUCCAAGUGUAAAGAAGGAGGCUCAUGUAGAACCUCAGUGUGGAGGUGGCCUAGAGGCUAAGGCCAAGGCCCUUUUCAACACCCUGAAGGAACAGGCAAGUGCAAAAGGAGGCAGAGGUAACAGAGCUGGUGCUAUCUCUGGGAAUAGAACCCUUGCACCAAGUUUGCCCUGCCCAGGAGGCAGGGGUGGAAGCUGCCACCCCACAAGGAAUGGAGCUAGGACUGGGAGUAGGGGACGUGGCAAACCCAAGGGAAAGAACCGAAAUAAGAGCACCAAGGCUCAAGCUACAUCAUGGCCUGUCCGUAAGGCAAAGUUUAACUUUCCCUAUAAAAUUGAUGAUAUUCUAAGUGCUCCUGACCUUCAAAAGGUCCUUAAUAUUCUGGAAAGAACAAAUGAUCCUUUUAUUCAAGAAGUAGCCUUGGUCACGCUGGGUAACAAUGCAGCAUAUUCAUUUAACCAAAAUGCCAUACGUGAAUUGGGCGGUGUCCCAAUUAUUGCUAAAUUGAUAAAAACGAAAGACCCCAUUAUUAGGGAAAAGACAUACAAUGCCCUUAAUAACUUGAGUGUGAAUGCUGAGAACCAGGGCAAGAUUAAGACGUACAUCAGUCAAGUGUGCGAUGAUACCAUGAUUUGUCGCUUGGACUCAGCUGUACAGAUGGCUGGAUUACGAUUGCUAACCAACAUGACUGUGACCAAUCAUUACCAACAUUUGCUUUCCUAUUCUUUUCCAGACUUUUUUGCUUUGUUAUUCCUGGGAAAUCACUUCACCAAGAUACAGAUUAUGAAACUAAUAAUAAAUUUCACUGAAAAUCCAGCUAUGACAAGAGAGCUAGUCAGUUGUAAAGUGCCAUCAGAAUUGAUUUCCCUCUUUAAUAGAGAAUGGGAUAGAGAGAUUCUGCUUAAUAUCCUCACCCUUUUUGAAAAUAUAAAUGACAACAUAAAAAGUGAAGGGCUUGCAUCAUCUAGGAAAGAAUUCAGCAGAAAUUCACUAUUUUUCUUAUUUAAAGAAUCUGGAGUAUGUGUUAAGAAAAUCAAAGCUUUAGCAAAUCACAGUGAUCUGGUGGUGAAAGUCAAAGUCCUGAAAGUACUAACCAAACUCUAAUUUGUGAUGUGUCCCAAAUGACAUUUAUGUGAUGUUUUUAGUUUGCACGUGGGAACAGUAUAUUUGAUAAAUUCUUUGGUUUUCAAUGCACUUAUAUGGCAAAGAGAUCCUUUAAUCUGCCACAUUGGAAAAAUGAAUUUCACAGAUGAUCAACAGUGAUUGAUCCUCCAUUGAGACUGGACCAUUUUAAGGAUGUCAAAUGAGUAUUAGAGCUUAUAGAAAGAAAACAUUGAUCAACUUCAUCUUGCUACCUAAAUUGAAGUAUUAUUAUUCAUUACUUACACUGAUGGUUUGUAAUCAGCUUUGUCUAUGUAUAACAAUAAUUAUAAUUAUAAAUAAGCUAUAGUUUUGUAUUGACUUACACCUGCUAAUCUAAGACAUGUGUUUUAUCAAUAAAGUUCUGUGUUUAAGGUAGUAUUAAAAAACACUGUCUUUGUGGGUUUAUUAUCUGAUUGGAAAGAUAAGAUGUAUGGGAACAAAAAGUAACAAUCAGAAGACUUGGGUCACGCAGGGGUAAAGCAGAUGCUUUCCAUUCAUGCUGAGAGGCAGCAGAAACAAUUGUAUACAACACUGCAUAGGGGACAUUUUACAGAGGAGGGAGCACUUGAGAAUAAUAAAUGAGCAAAAGGGCUUUCA